CUGCGGGAGAGCUGCUGCGGGGCGGGUGCUGAGUGCAGGAGAGCCACCAGCGGGAGAGACCAGGAUGAAUGCAGAGCCUGGGAAGAAAUUUGGUGUGGUCGUGGUUGGUGUUGGCAGAGCCGGCUCCGUGAGAAUACGGGACUUGCAGGAUCCACACUCGUUAGCAUUCCUGAACCUGAUUGGUUUUGUGUCUAGACGAGAACUUGGAAGCCUUGAUGAAGUACAGCAGAUUUCUUUGGAAGAUGCUCUCUGCAGCCAGGAGAUUGAUGUCGCCUACAUCUGCAGUGAGAGUUCCAGCCACGAAGACUACAUAAGGACAAGUAGCUUGAAGCUGGAAGGUAUAAAGAAAUUAUGGGGCAAAGAGGGCUAUCUCCCCAAAAAGGAGAGCGCAACUGGUGAUAAAAUGGAAGUGUCGCAUGCUCCUGGGGAGAGUACAACAAUGGAGAAUGUCAGCCAGGCCACAGCCAGAAAGGACCAAGCUCAAGGCCUCACCCAAUCUACAGAGGAGAAAGAAAAGCAGUUGUUGGCAUCCUCACUGUUUGUUGGGCUUGAACCAGAAAAUACAAUCAAUUUGUUGGGAAAAGCAGACCUCGUGUCUCACAAGUUCAGGAGGAAAUCAAAAUUCAAGGUCUCCCAAAAUGACAAGAUACCCAGUGCUCAUAACCCUGCCUCCUCCACCCUCAGCUCUGUAUCAGCUGUGGCCCGUGGGGAUGAUGACUGUCUGAGUGCUUUGAAUAGAGGGGACACUGAACUCAGUGCAGAGCUCUUGGGUUCUGGGUCUUCGUCAGAGCUGUCCUCAGUUGAAAAACUGUCAAGUGUCAGCUCGCCUGCGCCUUCUUUGUUUGCUGAUGACAACAUGGAAGUUUUCCAGCCCUCUUCAUCCUCCACAGCUUCAGCUGCAGCCUCUCUGUUAGAAGAAACUCCAGAGCGUGGGCAUUCAAGCCUCAUGGAAAUCUGUAGUAAUGACACGGUGUCAGUGUCUUCUUACAAAAUUUGGAAGGAUGAUUGUUUAUUGGUGGUCUGGGCAGUCACUAGUAAGACUGAUUCAGAGGUGACAAAUGCUAAGUUAGAAAUUUUUCCUGUGGAAAACUUCAAGAUCAUUGAGCAACCUGGAUGCUGUUUGCCUGGGAUGGAAAGCUCCACAUCUUUUCAGUAUGGUGUGCAGAUGGAAAGCCCUUCUGUAGAGGGGACUCUCUGUGGUGUUAUAAAUUACCAGAUGAUGGAUGCACAUUCUCUUCAGUUGGAAUUUUCCAUGAACUUAUCAUUAUUAGAUUUUAUUAGGCCAUUAAAGAUCUCAACUGAAGACUUUGGCAAACUCUGGUUGGCCUUAGCAAAUGAUGUGAAGCAAACUAUAAAAAUAUCAGAGCCUCAAGUUGCCUUGGCUUCUGUCCUAACAGAACUGCAGCAGAAGCUGGGACUUCAUGUCAUUGACGUCGUAGGCAAUGAAGGGCUGUUGGCAUGUAAGCUGCUCCCAUCCACCCCGUGUGUUCUGCACUGCCGAGUGCAUGCUGAUGCGGUGGCGCUGUGGUUCCGGUCCUCCUGCUCUGCUCUUCCAGACUAUUUAUCGUGUCACUGUCAGAAGGUGAUAGAGACAUCCUAGCAAUGCUCCGUUCAGUUUACUUUGUCACAUAAAUGGUUUACAUUUAUAAACUUACCAAAGUACAAAGAACUCAUGGUACUUCUGAUGGAAAUGGGGAUUAUUGUAAGGUUCGGUUUAUGCGUUUUCUUCUUGAUUUCUGAUAAGGAUAAUCCCCAAGAAACUGUGUCACUAAUUUUUUUACUCAGGAUUGUACAGUAUGUUUGGGUUUCCCCAAAUGACCUAAGCUAAUGUUAUAAAAUGUAAUGAUUUAUAUAUCACUUAAUGUGAAGGAACUGAAAAUAUUUAUUUUGUUAUAAGUGUUUUAUAACAGGUUUAUUCUAGCAUUAACUGAUUUCUAAUAAAGCCAAGACUCAGUUCUCCUCUUUGAUGCAGGGACACAUGAGAUUGGCUUUGGAAUGUGGUGUUUGUUGUGGGAAAAGGUGUGCUCUCGGUUCUGUUUUACUAGGUCAGUGUUAAACUCAGACGGCCUAGCACAUGCUAACGGUUGUAGGAAAUUUGUGAGCAUGCUGGGUAUUGGGCAGAUCCAAUCUGCGUUUUGGGGUUUUUUUACUUUUUAACAUGUUAUACUUAAUUUUAAGUAAUUUGGCCAUAAAGUACAUCUGUUUGCUAUUAGAUCCAUUUGGCAAUUAAAUUCUGUGACCAUACUCUAAAUGGUCAAUUAAUUUUUCAUGGCUCUUAAAACUACUAGUAUUCAGUGGAUGUAGAUGCAGUAGUAACCAUGUAAAUAUAUUGUUUUCAUGUUGUAUUUGUGCAAAUAAGGCCUCUGUUAAUAAAAGAAGAUGUUGUGCCUCAUAUGUAUGAUGGGCCAAAAUCCUGAGAUUGUAUAUUAACUGAAAUAGUAUUUUAUAAAAACUUAUGGUGCUGUGGAAAAUAUUUAUUUUACCAUUUCUGGUACUUCAUCAUUGAAACUAUUCAGGUAAUACAACCUUUAAGUCGUUACUAUUCUAGCUCGCAGGACUGGCUGUCACCCAGGUCAGGCACUCUGGGUUUAGGUUAUCUCAAUAUUUGCUAAUCCAGAUGCUAAUGAGCCAGUAGAUCUCAGUCAUCUGUAGUUAGAGCAAAAGAAAUAUAGUAUUUUUUAAAUUAAUUUUUAGGUUAUUCAUUUUAAAAUGUAACAUUUUGUUAAUUUCUCUUUUAAAAACAUAUAGUUAGCUGAGUGGUGGUGGCAUAUACUU